UGACAAAAAACAAAAAACAACCACUAGUCACUACUAUGUAUAUUAAUUAAUGGAUAUCGUAAAAAAGAUCCAAUAAGGUAAUGGCAGAGUUGUAAUAAAAAAGAGGAAGCAGCGGUUUCAUCACGAACUUAACACGAGACAGCUUUUAUUUGAAAAUGGCUCCACUUCACGAGGCUUCUCUUUCUCCCUUAUCUCUCUCUCUCUCGCCGUAGGCUUUACUCGAGAACCAGACCCAAGAUCGCUUUAUUUAUACACAUCAAUGCACUCAUUGUAGUAAAAAACACAGUUUUUAAAUUACCAAAAGCCUCGAUGAAUUCUCCAAGGUUGUCUCUUUUCUUCUCUGUUUUCGAGUGAUUCUAUUUUCCAACGGUAACAAAAGGAUUUAUUUUUCAAAAAAUCCGACAGAGAAAGAUCAGAGCUUUCUUCUUCUUCUGACAAUCAUCAUCAGACAGAGACAAAGAUAACGACAAAGACAGAGACUUUCGUUGCUUUUUUUUUUGUUAAAGUUGGUUGGUGAAUAAAAAUGGAGAGAAGUAACGAAUCGUUGAUGAUGAGGAAAUCGAAGUGGCAGUACCCACAGACGCCGAGGAUUCUUCAAUUGCCACGUAGGCAUAGUGUUCGACGGAAUGCUGCAAAGGGUUUGAAGACAACGCUUUCUUCGUCGUCUCAGAAGGAUCGGAGAGUGAAACUGGAGGUUCUGUUUCAUCAAGAGAGGACUUUUGAUCGAGGGGCAUCGAUUGUGAUGGUGAAUGAGGAGGAAGAAGGAAGGAGAAGAGGGAAAGUUGCAGAUGGGAGAGAGAUUGGUGGGUUUCCAUCUUCUUCUGCGGCUGAUGAAGUUGAGGAAGCUAAGUGGAGGUUUCAAGCGGAGAUGUUGAGAUCAGAGUGUAAUUUGUUAAGAAUAGAAAAAGAGAUUGCUUUGAAGAAGAUGGAGAGGAGGAAGAAGCGAAUGGAGAGGACGCUGAGAUCUGCUGUUCUUACUCUUCUCUCUGGGAAACAGAGAAUCUCUGAAGGGAAGAAAGAGAGCAAGGUUUUGGAAGAUGAGAUAAGCUAUUUGGUUGAGAAACUGAAUGAGUUAAAGUCUCCAAAGGUUAAGGACAUGGAAGCUAGAAACUUCAGACAUAAUUUUGAUAAGCAAGCUUCUGUUCUAAGAAGAGAGCUGGAGAGGUUUGAUGAGGCAGUUUCCGAAGAGGUUUGUGUCAAAGGAAUUCAGAAAAUGGCAGAAGCUAGCUUCUCGGUCCAUUCUGAUCAAAGCAUUCUUAGAAACAAUAAUGGAAAUAUAGAUACAUUGAGUAGUAAAAUGGAGGCGUUAUCGAAAGGGGUUUUGUUGGAAAGAAUGGAGAAGGAAUAUGGAUCGAGUCUCGUUGCACCGUCUUCAAGCUCUGUACAAGACAUGUAUAGUAAGGCAAUUAAAGCGCACGAGGAAAAGAAAGACUGUUCUAGACACUGCAAAGCAGUUAUGAGGAAGAUCGCGGAUGAAGUAAGAGCUGAAGCAGAGCAAUGGUCACAAAUGCAAGAGAUGUUAAAUCAAGUUAGAAAAGAAAUGGAAGAGCUUCAAUCAUGUCGUGAUUUCUGGCAAAACCGCGCUCUUGAGUCAGAUGCUGAGAUACAAAAUCUACAUUCCUCGGUUGAAGGAUGGCGAAGAAAGGCGUUAUCAUCGGAAGCAAAGUUGAAAAACCUACAAGAAGAGGUUUGCGAAUUACAAGAAGAGAUCAAAAGUAUGAGGAAGGAAGAUAAGUUAGAACUAGAGAAGAACAAAUUGCCAUCAGAGUCAGAGAAAAGGGUAUUGAUUUGUCGGUUAAAAGAAAACCGACAUAGCAACAAUGGAGAUUGGUCUAAGUACAAAGAAGGAAGAACAACAAAACCGUCGAGCUCGAGACCUCCUAUGAGGGAAGUUAAGAACAGUUCAGCCACAGCAAGGCAGAGAAACUCCAAUGUCAUCAAAAUGUAACUUUUUUUUCUGACCAAAACCGGAUAUUACCGGUUUUUCUUUCUUCGGUUAAUAAAUUUUACGAAUUGAGUUCA